AAUAUAUCGCAAAUGUUUGACUUUUUCAGACCGGCAUUUCUAUAGACAACCCUGUGUGUAUUUCGGGUCCUGAGUCAACGUGGGACAGUGCGUUUGUGUCAUGCCGAAUUUGUUGUCAAGUGUUUGUGUUUUUAAUGUCAGUAGGUCUAUUUUGACAUUUUUUACAUUACUAGUUUGGGAUAUUGGACAGUAACUGUGACGACUUAUCAUGAUGCCGGGGGAGAAUCUUUCCAAAAUCGCUUCAGGAGCAACUACUGGAGCCUGUCAAAACUGCACUGUGCUUCACCAGAACCUAAACGAAUAUGUGGCAGCUCUCCUGGUUUUGAAACAGAAAACUAUUGACUCCGAUCACCUGCUGAGUGAAUAUCAAGGGAAGUGUGAAGAGCUUCAGACAUCCCAGAGGGAGACCAGUAAGCAGCGUAUACAACUUGAUGAUCUGCAGUUGAAAGUAGCUUCUCUGGUAAAGCAACAUGCAGAGUACGAAGCCGUGCGGGCAGAGCUGGAGGCUAAGCAGAGCGCUGAGAAGUUGUCCCAGCAGCUGUUUGAGGAAGUGGAGAGGCUGAAGGAGCAGAACAACAACACAGAGACUCUAAAGAAGAGACUUGAGGACCAGCUGAAGAUGGUAGCAGAGACAACAGAGAAGCAGUGUGUGGAUAAUGUCCAGCUGAGACAGGAGAAGACGGCACUGCAGAAAGACCUGCUGACAACACAGGUGUCGUUGAAGACAUGUCAGAAGGGAGCAGAUGAAGUGCAGCAGUUGAAGGAGGACAACGCCAGGACAUCCGUUCUAAAAUACGACCUGGAAAAACAACUUGUACUGUUUCAAGAUUCUCAACUCAAGCAAGAGCGUGACAUUACCAGGCUGAAAACAGAGAAGAUUGUACUGGAGAACGAGCUUCUACAUCUUCAGGAACGACUAGAGAAACUGGAGACUGAGAAGAAUAAAGUAUUAAAGAGCUCAUCAACUCAAGCAACGGCACCUGAAGAAACACAGGUGGAUAAAGAGAAGAUCCAGAGGCUGCUGGAGGAUCUAUGGGUGUGUGUAGCUCCUCCCUCAUCACACCUCCCUGCCAGGAGGAAACGGCAGUUAAAGGAGCACCUACAAGACCGCAGCACAGUUGAACCCCACAGACCUGACAGUGACCCGCCAGGCCAUGUACCCAGCAGGAACAGUGACCCGGCAGGCCAUGUACCCAGCAGGAACAGUGACCCGGCAGGCCAUGGACCCGGCAGGAACAGUGACCCGGCAGGACAUGGACCCGGCAGGAACAGUGACCCGGCAGGACAUGGACCCGGCAGGAACAGUGACCCGGCAGGACAUGGACCCGGCAGGAACAGUGACCCGGCAGGCCAUGGACCCGGCAGGAACAGUGACCCGCCAGGCCCUGGACCCGGCAGGAACAGUGACCCGCCAGGCCCUGGACCCGGCAGGAACAGUGACCCGCCAGGCCAUGGACCCGGCAGGAACAGUGACCCGGCAGGCCCUGCACCCGGCAGGAACAGUGACCCGGCAGGCCAUGGACCCGGCAGGAACAGUGACCCGCUAGGCCAUGGACCCGGCAGGAACAGUGACCCGCUAGGCCAUGGACCCGGCAGGAACAGUGACCCGGCAGUCCCUGGACCCGGCAGGAACAGUGACCCGGCAGUCCCUGGACCCGGCAGGAACAGUGACCCGGCAGACCCUGGUCCCGGCAGGAACAAUGACCCGGCAGGUCAUGGACCCAGCAGGAACAUUGACCCGCCAGGCCAUAAACAUAGUAGAUCAGUUGAGGAGAUCCUGGACUGGUUCAAGCCGCUGCCCCCUGUCCUCUCCCCCUUACCCUGCUCCUCAGCUCAGGAGAGGUUGGAUGAUGUCUUGGAGUCCAGAGCUCGAGGGACCAGAUUUCCUCUAGAGAACAGAAACCACUCUGUCUACACUACAGGACCAGCCAAUAAAACAGCAGGACAGCAGCCUGGACCAGCCAAUCAGACAGCAGGACAGAAAACUGGACCAGCCAAUCAGAUGGCCCUUGUGUUGUCAGGACAACAACCUGCAGACUCCUCAGUGGAACUACCAUCAGACAGAAUUAAUUUUACUCCGAGAGAAAGCCCUGUUUCAGACAGCACUAAUUCUACUCUGAGAAAAAGCUCUGAUCUGGCCACAGGGACCUCAGGAGAGACAGAGAGGAACAGUGUGGCUGUCUGUGAACAGGAAGACAUGCAGGUAGAACCAGCUGCUGAAACCAUCCAGUCCCCAUCAGGAGAGAGUCAAACCUCCUCUAAUGAUCUACCUUACUUUACCAAAGCCACAGAGUGUCUCCCAAACUCAGUAGAGCAUCCAGGCAACCUCUCUGUCCAUACUGGGGCCGUUCAGACCUCACUCACCCAGACACAAGGAGAAGAAGUGCAGGACUUCUCACCAGACAUGACAGAGAUGGAUGUUGAGACUGACCCGUGUUAUAAUGGCUGUGUCUUGGCGGGUCAGAGCAUCAACCAUGGGGACUCAAAGAAAGUAGAAAGCAUUAAAGAUCAGUCAGGAGAGGCCAGCGUGUCUCAAACUCCCUCCACUAAACAGCUGGAACCCAGUCUUCUGGUUGAGUGUUCUGCGGAGACAGUGACUGGUCCAGAACAACUGACUGAAUGGGCUCCUAACACUCAAUGUAACACAACUGAUCAGAAAGCAGCUCCUCAAGCAUGUCCCCAUAAACAAGACAAGUUGUUUACAGGCCAGGAAUCAGAUAAAGACGAUGAAGAGGGUUUCUCUUGGAAACAGGUUGGUGAUGUACUGUUCCCUCCCAGUCACCCUACAGAAGGACUGGCCUCCCCCAGUCACCCUACAGAAGGACUGGCCUCCCCCAGUCACCCUACAGAAGGACUGGCCUCCCCCAGUCACCCUACAGAAGGACUGGCCUCCCCCAGUCCCCCUACAGAAGGACUGGCCUCCCCCAGUCACCCUACAGAAGGACUGGCCUCCCCCAGUCACCCUACAGAAGGACUGGCCUCCCCCAGUCACCCUACAGAAGGACUGGCCUCCCCCAGUCACCCUACAGAAGGACUGGUCUCCCCCAGUCACCCUACAGAAGGACUGAAGGAUGUAGGUAUAGUAUCAACAGUCAUCACGGUGCAUUCUGCUGGGGCAGAGGAAUCAUCAUCUGAACAGAAGUCUCUGGCACCUCUGACAAAAACAAGUGUCCACAUCUCUCCUGCCAGUUUAAUGAGCUCUGUAAAGAACGUAGAGAACUGUACUACGACAUCUGAACUCCAUGAAGACAUCCAGGCAACAAAACCCAAUGCUCAGAGUAGCAGAAACCAUACAGUUUGCAAGAGGUUACAUAGUCCCAUAUGUCUUUCCCCUGUGGUGAACGUGAAGCUCCUGAGAUCUGGUACACAACCGAAGAGGAUGAAUGGAAGGAAAGAUGCUGAAGACCCAGGGUCUGACGUUAGGAAUCCACCGUCUCCAACAGAGUUACAGAGUGACGAGCAUUUGAACAACAGGAUGCUGAAAGAUUGUGAUCGCCCAGUCCAUGUUCUACAACACCAGGAUAUGAAAGCUGACCGUAAGCGUCCUACAACCACCGACUGCAUCUCUGAGUCAAGGUCUGAGUCCCAGCUGACAGAUGAAGGGUCUGAGAAACUAGGUGGGAAAGACAAGACUGAGAUGAUCAGUACUAGAAGUGGGCGUGUCAGGAAGAGUCUUGUUAGAUCAAACGCAGUCCAAACCAGCUCAGUGAAAGACGGAGCGGCUCCCAGGGACGGCGCGGCUCCCAGGGACGGCGCGGCUCCCAGGGACGGCGAGCAAACGACCACCCUUUCAUGUAAAGUUAUUAUUGAAAGACUCAGCCCUGACAUGAGUGAAGGGAUCAGGCCAGCAGCCUUGCCUGUGGGCCACUCCCCAGAACCUACAGCAGCCUUGCCUGUGGGCCACUCCCCAGAACGUACAGCAGCCUUGCCUGUGGGCCACUCCCCAGAACGUACAUGGAAAGUUCCCAUUGGGAGGGUUCGCUUUGAAAUGGGUCCUCCACUACCUCCUCUUCUGAUGCCUCUCACUGUAACUCCUCCGAGACCGGUAAAACCUGGCAAUCCAAGACAGGUGAUUGGUAAACUGUCCUUUCCCUCACCAAUGGAAGGGCCUGUUUCCCCUGUGGGGUCCCAAACAGCACCUGAUGGUCAGAUGUUGAGCUCCCCGUCUCGAACCACCCCUUCCUCACCACUACAGUUUGGUUCAGCCACUCCUAAACACGCUGUUCCUGUUCCAGGGAGACUUCCUGCCUUCAGCCCCUCCUCUUCCUCCACUAGUCCCGCCCAGGAGAACUCCAUGAGGAUUCUAGACAGCAUGUAUCCAGAACUGUCUGCCCGUGCCUGGACUCUCAGUAUCCUCCGAGGAAACCUCUCUAUGUCUUCUGCUGAGACGGGGACCACACCUUCCAGCUCUGUCAGUCAGAUAUCUGGCUUCAAAACCAUCAACUCCUCGUCCACGGCUUUCACCAAAACGGAGCAAAGAGGGAAGCGAAGUGGAGUCAACAUGCUUCUACCAAAGAGUGCCAAAAGACUGAGGCUGGAUAACUGCUCCCCCGGCCCUGCUGGGGCGACGGCCGUUCCUGCUGGGGCGACGGCCGGCCCUGCUGCGAAGGGGAUAUCCUCCAUGACAUCAGCCAGUCCUGACCCACUACUCAGGACACCUCAACAUGGGAGUUCUUCACAGCCUACAGAGAAGGAGAAACUGUUUGGGAAAGCAGCAGGCGAAGCCUCCAUAUCCCAGGCCUUAGAGAAGGAGAAACUGGUUGGGAAAGCAGCAGGCGAAGCCUCCAUAUCCCAGGCCUUAGAGAAGGAGAAACUGGUUGGGAAAGCAGCAGGCGAAGCCUCCAUAUCUCAGGCCUUAGAGAAGGAGAAACUGGUUGGGAAAGCAGCAGGCGAAGCCUCCAUAUCCCAGGCCUUAGAGAAGGAGAAACUGGUUGGGAAAGCAGCAGGCGAAGCCUCCGUAUCCCAGGCCUUAGAGAAGGAGAAACUGGUUGGGAAAGCAGCAGGCGAAGCCUCCGUAUCCCAGGCCUUAGAGAAGAUAGCAGCCCAGUGUUUUGACCUGUUGCCUGUCAUCAAGAGUCACCUGUUUGUUGGGAAUCUGUCUAGGAAGCCUGUGUUACGGGAUGAGGAGAAGGAGGUCCUCUCUGAGUUCUCAGACAAUCAGCCUCUGGCAGAUGAUCUGAUGUCGGUGAUGCUGACUAAGCUGAAGACUGAGAGGACUGAGCUGCCUGGGUCUCACCUCCAGGCUCUGGUUAGAGUCUACACUGCUCUGUGCCGACGGAGGAGGGACUGGGACAGAGCACAUAUCCUGGCCUACAGCAUCCUUAGAGAAGAUUUCCCUGAGUCAACCAAGCUGGUUCUGUUCAUGGUGACCACAUGGCCCAAUGUGUUCUCCUGCAGGACUGUAGUGUGCCAGGCCAUCCACACGGUCACCAAGGUCAAAGCUCACGGAGAGGUGCUCCACUGCCUAACUGCUUACCUGGGAUGGGAGAAGAGUCCUCCUAGUGACGUGGAUCAGUUGGUGUCCCGCACGUUGACGUCCGUCAGAGCUGCAGCUGAGAUGACCUUCCAGAAACACCCGCGACAGGGACAGGACCUGAACCCCGUUGCCUGGCAACACGUCUUCACCCUGGAGCUGCUCUGCUCUCAUACACACUGGAAGUGGACCCAUGACAACCUACUGAGUACAGAGCUGUGGCCGAUGAUGAACUCCUGGGUGACCCAGCCCAGGUCAAGACAAACACCCAUCCAGGAUGUCACUGUGGCUGCGGUCCUCAGACUCAUAGGGCGCCUCGGGCAGCUCGGAAUAAAGGAGAGAUGCGGCUCGUCUGUGAAGAACAUCGCCAGGGUCAUCAACACAUUCGCCAGACACGGACAGUCAGAAGGUGUUCCCUGGGAGGUCCAGCUGGCAGCUGUCUACACUGUCUACGACCUGUCGCCUAGCAACCCCAAGGAGGCUCUGGCUGCGCUGGCGUCAUGGCGAGGAGAGACCACCCAGCCCGUCCCCCCCGCUGUCACCAGCUGCAUCACACAGAUCGCCUCGCUCUGCCGACACAUCAAACCCUAAAACCUAGCUCCUAACCCCUAGUCCCUUAAACAUAGCUCCUAUUCCCUAGACUUUAACCCCUAGAUCCUAACCCCUAGCUCCUAACCCCUAGUCCCUUAAACGUAACUCCUAUUCCCUAGUCUUUAACCCCUCCACACCCCUAGCUCCUAAUCCCUAGUCCUUAAACCUUCCACACUACUAACCCUUAUCUCCUAACCCCUAGCUCCUUAACCCCUAGUCCUUAACACCUACCCACCCCUAACCCCUAGUCCUUAACAACUCCACACCCCUAGCCCCUAGCUCCUUAUCCCUAGUCUUUAGCAGCUCCACACCCCUAACCCCUAGCUCCUAACCCCUCCUAAUCCCUAGCCCCUAACCCCUAGCUCCUAACCCCUCCUAAUCCCUAGUCCUUAACCCCUCCACACCCCUAACCCAUAGCUCCUAACCCCUCCUAACCCCUAGUCCUUAACCCCUCCACACCCCUAACAACUAGUUCCUAAUCCCUAGUCCUUAACCCUUCCACACCCCUAAUCCCUAGCUCCUAACCCCUCCUAAUCCCUAGCUCCUAACCCCUCCUAAUCCCUAGCUCCUAACCCCUCCUAAUCCCUAGCUCCUAACCCCUCCUAAUCCCUAGCUCCUAACCCCUCCUAAUCUCUAGCUCCUAACCCCUCCUAAUCCCUAGCUCCUAACCCCUCCUAAUCCCUAGCUCCUAACCUCUCCUAAACCCUAGCUCCUAACCCCUCCUAAUCCCUAGCUCCUAACCCCUAGGUCCAUUGCCACUUUUACAGAUCUGAAAGGAUUUCCUAAGUCCAAGAACGUUGCCUAUCAGAGGACAAGGUGAAGCAGCAUCCACACCCCUAGCUCCUAACCCCUAGGUCCAAGAAUGUUGCCUAUCAGAGGACAAGGUGAAGCAGCAUCCACACCCCUAACCCCUAGCUCCUAAUCCCUAGUCCUUAACCCUUCCACACCCCUAACCCCUAGCUCCUAAUCCCUAGGUCCAAGAAUGUUGCCUAUCAGAGGACAAGGUGAAGCAGCAUCCACACCCCUAACCCCUAGCUCCUAAUCCCUAGUCCUUAACCCUUCCACACCCCUAACCCCUAGCUCCUAAUCCCUAGGUCCAAGAAUGUUGCCUAUCAGAGGACAAGGUGAAGCAGCAUCCAUUUGACUGUUACCUAUCCAUACCUUUUCAGAUCUGACAUCUUGAACCGUGCUGUGGACUGAACCUCUGGGACUGGUUUUAAUGUCCAUAUUAUUUAUCUGUUGGUUAACGCAUCACGUUCCCCUUGGUGUUCUGUUGCGCUUCUUUGUAUGUUAAGCAUGACUUUGUAAAUAUGAUGUUGUAUACAAUAUCGUCUUACUUUUGUAAAUGUUUUGUAAAUGUUCACUGUUACAGAGCCUAUUAUUUCUAUUUAAUUUCACAAAUUAAAAUCUAAGAGGUAAACAUUG